AAAAAGUCAUUUGUUUUACAGUGCAUUUGAAAAUGAAUUUAUCGGUAUUUGUGUCGUUAAUAACAUUACUUGUUAUGAGAAGUGAUGGCAAACCAUCAAAAGAUGACUCCAUUAUCACAAACGAGGAUAAGGCGAAGGAGUAUCUGAAAGAAGUGAAUGGAAGAAUGGAAGUGGAGUAUAGGAAGCAGUCGGAGGCAUGGUGGGGCUACUCCACUGAUAUGAAUAAUCGCACACUGGAAGCACAGACCAAAGCUAUGGAAGCAUUUGAUGAGUUCCAGAAGAAGCAGGCAAUUGAGACAAAGAGAUAUAAUUGGACUAAUUUUGAUGAAUAUAAUCGGAGACAGUUUGACAGGUUGGCUCUCAUUGGGACGUCAGCUCUCAGUGAAAAGGACAGUAAAACAUUUACUCGAGUGACCACAGAAAUGGAGACAAUAUAUAGUAGCGCCAAGAUAUGCGUGGCCGACAAAUGUGAUCUUGAAUUAGACCCUGAUUUGGAGAAACUAAUGGCUGAGUCUAAAGAUUACGACAAAUUACUAGAGGCGUGGGUUAAAUGGAGGGACGCGUCGGGAAAACUAAUGCGAAAAAAUUAUAUUAAAUAUUAUCAUUUAGGCAAUAAAGCGGCCAAACUUAACAAAGUGCUCAAUAGAGAGUUCAAAACAUUGGACGAUAUUUGGCUCUACAGUUGGGAAACGGAUGAUAUUAGGGAGCAAACGGCUAAACAAUUGGACCAAAUGUUACCAUUCUAUCAGAAGAUUCACGCAUUUGUGAGAAUGAGGUUAGAGAAGGCAUUCCCCGACAAAAUGCCUAAAGACCGCACAAUACCCGCACAUCUGUUGGGCAAUAUGUGGGCCCAACAGUGGGGUAACAUUAUGAAUACCGUGCCCGGAGUGGAUCCCUUUCCUAGUUUGGCACCUAUUGAUGUGACAAAUGAAAUGAAAGCACAGAAAUAUACGGCGAAAAGAAUGUUUGAAUUAUCGGAACAAUUCUUUGUUGACUUGGGUUUCGAGAAAAUGACUCAAAAAUUCUGGGAAAAGUCUGUUAUUGAGAAACACAAGGAUAAUAGAUCGAUGGUCUGUCACGCGUCCGCCUGGGACUUCUAUACCCAGGAUGACUUUAGGAUCAAACAGUGCACUGAUGUCGAUAUGGAGGACUUGAUUAUAAUCCACCACGAAAUGGGUCACAUCGAGUAUUUCAUGCAAUAUAGGGCACAGCCGGCUGUAUAUCGUGACGGAGCUAAUCCUGGUUUUCACGAAGCGAUUGGAGAUCUGAUUGCCUUAUCUGUGGCCACACCUAAACAUCUGAACAAAAUAGGACUCUUAAGAAUGGAUGACUCGAUUGAUAUGAAGAAAAUCAAUAUUAAGUUCCAACUGAAGAUGGCUUUGGAUAAACUGGCUUUUCUGCCAUUUGGGUUCAUUGUCGACAAAUGGCGGUGGGAUGUGUUCUCGGGUAAUGUGUCCAAAGAUCACCUGAACCGGCACUGGUGGCAGUUGAGGGGACAAUACCAAGGAGUGUCUCCACCGGUCACCAGAAGUGAGGAUGAUUUUGAUCCCGGUGCUAAAUAUCAUAUUCCGACUAGUGUUGAGUAUAUCCGGUAUUUCGCGGCACAUAUUCUUCAGUUCCAGUUCCACAAAGCUCUGUGCGGUUUCGGUCAAAAGGGAGUUCCUCUGCACGAGUGUGACAUCGAUGGCGACAAAGAGGCCGGAAAUAAACUGAAGUAUGUCUGCCAUCAGAAUACUUGA